CAAUCAGGAAGAAGUUUGAUUUGAACAUCACCAUCAAAUGGCAGACCACAAUGAAGUCGACCACUGACGAGCCCCCCCCUCCACAUAAAUUCUCUAAAAGCCUCUUUCCGACCCCCCUGAAGCCGCCACGCCACGUUCUCACCCCUCUACGCCCCCCUCCCCGCCUGGCCCGCCCUCCAUCCAGGGAUGCCAGGGAAUUCUGCAAAGCAGUGGGAGAACCCGCUGUCCCCCAGACCCCGCCCCCUCCCAGCUCCUCCUUCUGCGCCUCUUCCCUGGAGGGUCACCUCACGUCCUCAGGGUCCCUCCACUGCCCCAUGGCGCUGCUGUGUGAGCUGUGUGAGGCGAAGGGUGUUGGGGUGCCGCAGUGCAAUCUUACGCUGAACCAAGCGGGGUCCAAGGGCUUCAUGUUCUUCUUUUAUAAGCUGUCCGUCCCCGGGAUAACCCCCGACUUCAAAGGGCAGGUCAUGAUCUUACCGGGACCCUCUGCCUACGACACGGUGGCGGAAGCUCAUCAGGCUGCGGCUCUGCAGGUUCUGCAGAAGAUCUGCAACAAUUAGCCCCCCCAGCUGAUCACCACCCCCUCCUGCAGCACUGUUUGCUUGUUAAUGUUAUUUACAGAUAGAUGUUCAAUAUUUUUAUCUUAUUUUAUCUGCAUGCUUUUAUUAUAGUUCGCUUGUUUGUCGUUCAACUUCAGUGUUUUAUUUGUGCAUGCUUUUUACGUGUUACUCUUUAUUGUUUCCUCAUUUUUAAUAAAUGAGAUUGA